AUAACUAACAUUGAACACAAAACCAAACACAUAAAAAAAUGAAAUCUCCAUCCCAAAAUAUUAUCAUAAGGAACAUACUCCAGCGCUUCCCACUGGAUAUCAUAAUGAGUAUGUUGUGCAGAAAGAAUUCAGUUAAUUGUGGCCGUGGAUCGGUGCCCGUGUAUCUAAACGUAUACGAUUUAACUUCUAUUAAUGGUUAUGCUUAUUGGUUUGGUCUUGGUGUUUACCAUUCUGGUGUUCAAGUUCAUGGAGUAGAGUACGCAUUUGGAGCUCAUGAGUAUCCAACGACGGGCAUUUUCGAAGGGGAACCGAAACAGUGCGAAGGAUUUACGUUUAGGAAGGCGAUUUUGAUUGGAUGGACAGAGAUGAGUGAUGGAGAAGUGAGAAGAGUAAUGGAAGAGCUUGCUGAGAAGUAUAAGGGAAAUGCUUAUAAUCUUAUAAGCAAGAAUUGCAACCAUUUCUGCAAUGAUGCUUGUCUCAAACUGACUGAUAAUCCGAUUCCUAGUUGGAUAAAUCGACUCGCACGAAUCGGUGUACUUUGCAAUUGCUUAGUUCCAGCGAGCUUGAACCAGACCAAAGUUGGCCACAAUCGUAUCGAAGGCAAGCCAGGUGAGGGGGAAAAGAAGAAACUUAGAAGCCGCUCUAGAAGGCUGACUCAAUCAUCUCCAUCUUCCUCGUGUUCUCCUCCGCUUGUCACAACUACAAGCAACAGAAGCCGAAGCAAAAGCCCGGUGCCUUCAUCUGCACCAUUGAUAUCCAAUUCAAUAUAGAUUUCUUCAUGAAGAAGAAGACGGCUGCUUUGCAUGUUUUGUUUCUGUUGUACAAUUGAUUCUUUUGCACCUUACUUCAUAAACACUUAAAGCUGUUCAGGAAGCCCUGAAAAUUCUGUGCAUGAAUUGGGUAUAAACUUCUUUGCUUAUUAUGAUAGCUGCCAAUUUUGGACCCAAGCAAACAUAAUAUAAAAUGCUGCAGCAUCUCAUCAGCUU